AUGGCAAGCAGCGGUAGAGGUGGAAAUGAUCCAGCAUGGAAGUACGUAACUCCCGUCGACGAAAAUCGAAAUGGUACAACAUGUAUAUUUUGUUUUGCCACUUUUAAAAGUGGAGGAAUUACAAGAUUGAAGAGUCAUUUAUCGGGUUAUGAUCCUCACAAGAGUGUAAAGAAAUGUGAUAAGGUGCCACCGGAGAUCAAAACAGAGGUGAUAGCAUGGAUAAAUAGAAAAGAUUCUAUUAAGCAAGAAAAGGCAGCUGUUCAAGAUGAUAUUAGAGAAGAACUCCGCAAUGAUUAUCUUGGCAAUCAAACAAGUCUGUACUAUGACGAUGACGACAAUGAUGAUGAUGGAUUUCAGUAUCCACCAGACAUGCACCCUACAGAACGACAAGAUUAUCGUGUUGCAGUAAGACGAUCAACCGUAGAUCGUCCUGGUGUAAAGCUUCCUAGCUCCUAUGAAAUUCAGACUCGUUACUUAGAGAAUGAGUACAUAGAAAUGAAAAGGUAUGUGGAUACUCACAGAGAAACCUGGAAAAUAUAUGGAUGCACUAUCAUGCGUGAUGGAUGGACUGGCCCAACCAAAAUGUCUAUUCUAAAUUUCAUGGUGUAUUCAAAAGGUUCAACUGUGUUUUUGAAGUCUGUAGAUGCUUCACAUAUGAAAAAAAAUGCUCAGUACAUAGAACUAUUGUUAGAUGAGAUUAUACAAGAUGUUGGACCAGAAAAUGUUGUCCAGAUUGUCACUGACAAUGCAUCAGCAUUUAAAAAGGCCAGAAGGGAACUACAGAAAAAAUAUCCGCUGUUCUGGAUCCCGUGUGCUGCCCACUGCAUCGAUUUGAUAUUUGAAGAUAUUGGGAAGCAGGAGACUGUUUCCACUGUCGUCAAAUGGGCUCAAAGUGUAACUAACUACAUCUAUAAUCAUGGUUGGGUACUGGUUGAAAUGAGGAGCAUCAUGAAGGGAGAUUUGAUUCGACUGGGUAAAACUCGAUUUGCAACAAAUCACAUUGCUAUCGACAGUAUCUUGAAGAAGAAAUUUGAUUUGAGAAAAUUGUUUACAGGUAGCGCAUGGAAUGAGAAUGCAGCGAGUAGGACCAGAGAUGGCAAAAGGAUAGAAAAAAGAGUCCUCGAUGGGACAUUUUGA